AUGAUAAAUUCAAACCUAGAUAUCACCUCAAUCGAAUUAGACUCGGUAUUUGAUGCUCACGUUCAUCUACGUCAGACCGGACAACUUGCUGAACUCGUCACACCUCAUUUGGCUCAAGGUGGUAUCAGUACAGCUUAUGUGAUGCCCAAUACGAUUCCACCAAUCACUACUACCAAAAUGGCAUUGGCAUAUAGAGCCGAACUACAAGCAUUGUCACCCAAUACUGAGUUUUUGAUGAGCCUUUAUCUAUCCCCCCAGCUAGAUGUUGAAGAAGUUCAGCGAGCCAAAUCGGCAGGAAUUGUUGGUGUGAAAUCUUAUCCGAGGGGAGUAACAACAAAUUCAAGUGGAGGUGUGGAGUCUUAUGAAAUUUAUUAUCCUGUAUUUGAGAUGAUGGAAAAACUAGGGAUGAUACUGAACUUGCAUGGUGAGGUACCUAGUAAUCCUCAUGAUGGUACCUGCGUGUUGAAUGCGGAGGCAAGGUUUUUGCCCAAGUUGUUACAACUUCACCAAAGAUUCCCAAAACUGAGAAUCGUGCUUGAACAUGCUACUACUCGUAAUGCGAUCGAAGCUGUCAAAAGUUGUGGCCCGACUGUUGGAUGUACCAUCACUGCUCAUCAUCUCACUCUCACCGUCGACGAUUGGGCUGGUAAUGGUCUAAAUUUUUGCAAACCAGUCGCCAAAUUUCCAGACGACCGGGAAGCCCUAAGAGAAGUCAUUAGAGAAGGUCAUCCGCAGUUCUUCCUAGGUUCAGAUUCUGCGCCACAUCCGAUCACGUCCAAAUUGCCAAAUCAUCCAUCAACUUGUUGUGCUGCAGGGAUUUACACUUCUCCCUACUUACUGCCUAGCUUGGCUUCCAUCUUCGAAUCUGCGCUUCCACCUCCCACAUCAUCUUCGGAAAUUCGUCAGAUCUUGAGUCCUAUACCUCUAAAUCGGUUGAAUGGAUUUGUCAGUACAUUUGGAAGAGCAUUUUAUGGGAUAGAGAAGAAUGAAAAGGGACAUACGCUGGCAAGGGAUGAUGAAAAGAUAGUAGAGCUUAAAAUCACUGGUGAGAGGGAUCAUGAAGUGGUGGUACCGUUUUGGGCAGGGCGCAAGUUGGGCUGGAAAUUGAAUACAUGA